AUGAUUUCGGGUCUUAACAAGUGUAGAUUUGUGGAGGAAGCAAUUGUUAAGUUUAUGUCCAUGGAUGUGCCGCCUAAUUCUACUACUCUUGUCAUUGUCAUGUUCGCUUGUUCGAGUUUAGGAGCUUUAAAGUUUGGUAAAUCCGUUCAUGGAUAUUGUAUGAGGAAGUUAUUUGAAAGGAAUGUUAUUUUGGACAAUGCAGUGUUGGAUUUUUACAUGAGAUGUGGGUCUUUGGUGAGUGCACGGUGCUUGUUUGUAAAUAUGCCCAAGAGAGAUGUGUAUUCUUGGACUAGCAUGGUGGGUGGUUAUGCACAAAAAGGAUUUUGUGACGAGGCAGUGAAGCUUUUUCAGGAGAUGGUUCAGGGAGAGGAAGUUGAGCCUAAUGAAGAUACCAUUGUAAAUGUAUUGUCAGCGUGUUCUUCGAUUGGGGCAUUGAGUUUAGGCCAGUGGGUGAAUUCGUAUAUAAGUGCACGGCCAGAUCUCGUGUUGAAUGGCAUUCUGGGAAAUGCAUUAAUAAACAUGUAUGUAAAGUAUGGGCAACUCUUUUCGCUCAUGCUAGUCCACGGGAUUCCUCUUGAUGAUGUAACCUUCCUUGGCUUGUUAUCAGCAUGUAGUCACGCAUGUCUAGUUGAUCAAGGGUUGAUGAUUUUCAAUGCUAUGAAAAAUGUUUAUCGGAUUGCCCUUCAAACACUGCACUAUGCCUGCCUAGUUGAUAUGUAUGGUCGAGCAAGGUUCUUAGAGGAAGCAGAGAAUUUCAUGAAGGAAAUGCCAACAGAAGCAGACGGCGUUGUUUGGGGAGCGUUGCUUAAUGCAUGCAAAAUUCAUGGGAAUGAGAAGAUGCUUAAGAGGAUCAGAAAUGGUCUCCUCAAGAGUAGAGGAGUAGGCAUCGGAACUUAUGCUCUCGUAUCGAAUACAUACGCCACUCACGAACGGUGGGAUGAGGCUAAUAAGGUUCGUGAUGAAAUGAGACAAAUGGGGUUGAAGAAAUUAGCUACGUACAGUUAG